UUCUCUCUCGUCCUUCAUAUCCUCUCUCUCAUUGCUGUCUACUCUCGCCUUCGACUUGGUGGGAUGUGAUUCUCCACCACCUCCGAGCUUGCCAGAGGACUCCACCUCUUUCUUCUCGCAUGCUUCCUUUUCUUUCCAAACACAAAUGCGCAGCAAAGAAAGUGCAAAUCAUAAAGAAAAGAGCAGAAUUCAAAGCAGCCGGAAAGCUGACUAGCUAGAAGGAGUGAAGAGAGAGAAGUAUAUCUCAGCAACGCCUCCAUGGUCUUCCCUUCACCUUCAGUGCAGGUCUACCUAGAUCCACAUCCACCUAAUUGGAAUAACCAGCAGCAGCAAGGUCAGCAGCCGAGGGCGAAUGGGGGAGCUGAUGCACCGUUGCUGCCCCUGGGUCCGGCGGCAGCUACAUCGGCGGCUCCGGAGCAAGGUGGGUUGCCUAGAAGCUCAUCAAUGGCUAAUGCCGCCGUGGCUGCGCACGCGAGGCCCAACUCAAUGGCGGAGCGCGCGCGGCUGGCGCGGAUGCCGCAUCCGGAGCCAGCGCUCAAGUGCCCGCGUUGCGAAUCCACCAACACCAAGUUCUGCUACUACAACAACUACUCCCUCUCCCAGCCCCGCCACUUCUGCAAGACGUGCCGCCGCUACUGGACGCGCGGCGGAUCCCUUCGCAACGUCCCCGUAGGUGGAGGCUGCCGUCGCAACAAGCGUUCGUCCAAGUCCUCAUCCUCCUCUGCUGGGUCUUCCUCCUCAAAGAUGUCUCCCUCAGGAAGGCUACUGGGUGGUCCAUCAGCUACACCGUCCACCACCCCAGGCACUACCGGUGCGAUCAUUACUCCGGGUCUCAGCUCUUUCUCUCACCACUUGCCGUUCUUGGGCUCCAUGCACCCGUCAGGGCCCAACCUAGGUCUAGCUUUCUCCGCCGGACUGCCGCUAGUCGGCAUGCAGCACCUGGACACGGUGGAUCAGUUUCCGGUGGCAAGCGGCGGCGGCACCACCAUAGGUGCAUCUCUAGAGCAGUGGAGAGUGCGACAGCAGCAGCAGCAGUUCCCAUUCAUGACUGGGGGAAUACUGGAUCUGUCGCAGCCGCCGACGUACCAAUUCGGUUUGGAAGCUAACCGAGGAGGCAGCGGCUCAGCUGCGGUGGCGUUCAAUUCAGGACAGACCACGACGACCAGUGCUACCACGGGAAGGCAGGAAGGGUCAUCAAAGAAGAUGGGGGAUAGUAAAGGAGAAGAUAUGAGCUUACAGAAGCAGUACAUGGUACCUCUACGCCACGGAUCAGGAUCACACGGUGUCUGGGAUGGGAGUGCUGGUGGAACUGGCAGCAACGGUGGUGGUACUGGCAAUGGCGGUUCAAGUUGGCCAAUGAACAUGAUUCCUGGAUUCCAUUCUUCGUCCACUAGCGGUUGCAAUGACAGUGGCUUGUCGUAGUACUCUCUAGCUAGGGGCUGGGGCAAUGUCCUAUCAAGAAAAAUAUUUUGGAGAUGCAUGGUUGAGUCUGAGCAAAUGCUAGCUAUAGCUAGGACGAUGGAGGAACAGGCGAUGACCAAUCCACAGGCAUGUUCAUCAUCUGCUAUUCUUCAUCGGAAUUGUAGAAGCACACUGCUACCUCAUGAUGGUCACAGGUAGGAGUUUAAAGUAAAGCUGCUCUUUGUUUAAACCUUUUUCUGUCAUUUGGUUUUGAACUUAAAGGUGUUCUCUGCAUUGUGUCCAUAGCGGCCGCCACUUUUCUACUUUUCACACUAUUGUUCACAGGGAUUAAUUAAUCAAAUUUGGUGCCUGGUAUACUAUGUGAUAAGGUAUAUUUGACAUGGACGAAACCGAUUAGUUGUUUCAUCACUACUA